ACCAAAGAAACAAGAGGAUAACAUCCUACAAGAUACAACUAAAAAUUCGAAUGAUAAUAAUGUAUCUGAUAUCAUUUCUAUUAUGGAAAUAAGCAAGACUAAAGAUUCACAAGACAAGACAACAAAAUCACGCUCCAAAAAAUUGAAGACCAAUUAUAAUGCUAGUGAUACGAUUCAUUCCUAUACUGAACAUACAGCUCUCAAUGAAAAAAGUGUCUUAUCACACAAGUCAUCCCGCAUCAAAAAAAACAAUAAAGCUGAUGAACCGAAACAUAUUAUACCUCACAGAUCAUCUCGUAAAAAAAAUAAUGAUUAG